GAAACACGUCACUUUGUUUGAGUCAUUAAAAUCAUGGUGAUGAUAGAACAACAUUUUCAAAAUGUAUGAUUAUGUCCCUUUCCUUACAAAGAGAAGUAGGUUUCCUAUUAACGCAGAGACUUGGAAAUCAAUGUUCGAUUUCUGUUUAAAACAAAACAGCGACUGUAAAAAGCAGAUCACCGAUCUAUAUGAAUCUUUUCAUGAUCACGUUAUAUCCAAAAUGCCUCUUCCCGAAUUCAGGGUGGAUAGAAUUGAAACAGCAGAAAUGUUUUUAAGUAAAGUACAAAAUUACCUCAACAGUCUUGAAUACAAUUAUACUGGAAUGCAGUUCUUCCAAAUAAAUCGAGGUGCAUCUAUUGUUAGACUUGAGGAGGUUGUAAAAAUGAUAAUGUUGGCUUCACUCCCUAUAAAAUGUCUAGAGGCAACAAUAUUAGCCAUUUUUCUCACACAAGGUCAAGAAUACCUAAAACGUUUUACAAUAUCCUUCGUUUCUGAAUUCAAUGGUAAAGUAUUUAGACACGUCGUGCUUGGAAUAUACUCCAGUGGUUUAUUUGGUGCAUUGGGGUUGAGUCGACGAGAAAAUCUGAUGUAUAAACCGCUUAACUUCCCAAGUUUAUCUUUACUAAUAAAUAAUUACACUCAAGGAUAUCAUGGUCAUCAUCAUAAGUUAUUGAGAGUGAAAAUUGGUCUACCUAUCUCACAUCGACCGUAUAUGUUGGAAAAAAUCCAAUGGAAGGGUAUCAUUAUCCCAUUUAACAAAGGGUAUACUAAAAAAGAUAUAAACAACAUUUUGGAUCACUAUUCGCGAUUUUUACGGGGUUCAACUAAUGCGAUUAUUAAAAAGAGUCUACCAAAUAUAUCUUCAGAUUCAUUCAAAACAGCAAAAAAACAACAGAAUCCUUCCUAUAGAAAAGUAAUACGUUUAGGUAUGGUUCGAAAUAAAUCGGACAAUAAGGUCUCGUCAUCGUUAUCAAUUUCAAGUACCUGGAGAAGUGUUACAAAUUUACCAAUUAUUAAUUCAAAACUUGCAAGAAGCCAAACAUCAACAAACUCUUAUGAAGUACGAAUUUGACAGUCAAUUGUUUCUAUUAAGAAAUGUGAAUCACUCUAUUAGUAUGUAUUACGAAAAUUUUAACGUAUCUAAACAUACUAAAAAAAGCAAACAAACAGUUUUUGAUGAGUUAUUAACUAAAUCAAUGACUGUUAUAACACUGUAAGCUUUCAGAUCGCAGACCGGUUUACUCAAGUUUUUUAUUUCUAUUUUUGCGUAGACCAUUUUGGUAUGUAAAACUGUUUGGUGAAAUAAUCUGAACAUAGAUGUUUAAAGAAACUGAAUUUGAUGCUAUUUAGAAUAGUAUCUGCUUAACGCUUGAAUCGAUAUUAUGAUAUGAAAAAUUAGCCGUUAAAAUAUCAUGUAUUUUGUAAGUUUGUCAAGGUUUUCUAUCAGUUCUCCAAUAAGAAAAUCAACCUAUAAUAGUUUCGGAAAUCCGUUGAUACAGGUUUAGAAAUAUUCCUGUUCGGAAUCACAAUAGAGUUGUAAGUAGUUUUUUAAACACCAUUUGAUCGUACGUUGUUUAACUGAACACUAAUGACUUGGUUGCUUAAAUGGCAUUUUAGAUAGUGAUUUGAUGAUCAUAUUUAAAUUUACCUCAACUUUAACUUGUGAUAGAUCAUUG